AUGGUGAGAUUGAUUAAGUCCUUCCAAGUAGCCCGAUUACCCAUCCGCCCAUCAAUCGAGACCCGCGUCCCCUUGCCUCGCGCCCCAGCCAGAACACGCGAUCAGACCAUGCAAAAUGUGAAGCGAAAUAGUAUAUCCACCGGAGAAAAGAAGGUUCGAGAGCCAGAAUGGAAUGUGGAUGUGGAUGUGGAUGUCAAUGUGAAUGGAAUGGUGGUGGGAAAGAAAUGA